CUGUUUAGUCUGCAGGGCAGGAUCACACGCAUCUAGUGCUAGACCAGUACCAAUCUCACCAAUGACCGUUUCCAUUCAAGAAUCCCGACCGCUGCAGGUCCUCAUCGUCGGGGCCGGCAUCGCGGGGCUGACGGCUGCCAUUGCUCUCGGCAAGCAGGAGCAUCAUGUUGUGAUUCUCGAGAAAUCCAAGUUCUCCCGCGAGGCUGGUGCAGCCAUUCACGUGCCCCCCAACUGCACGGCCCUCCUCAACUGGCUGGACAUUGACCCCAAGGACUUUGGUGGAACCUUGUUGGAGCAGAUUCACCGAUAUGAUCACCUUGGCAAUCUCAGAUACCAGAGAGACUUUACCGAGAUUCGUCAAAAGUGGCAGGCAGAAUGGUAUCUGGUCCACCGUGUCGAUCUUCAUAAUUACCUGAAACAGCGGGCUCUGGAAACAGCCACCCUUCACAUGGGCUGCAAGAUCGUCAACAUCGAUGUGGCUAGUGAACGCCCGUCAGUGACACUCGACAAUGGGGAGAGAUUCGAAGGAGAUAUUCUUCUUGGAGCAGAUGGCUUGCACUCGAUUGUCCGCAACGAGAUUGGCCAAAAUUCCCCGUAUCCAUUCCCCGCGGGCAAGUCCUGUUUCCGAUGGCUUCUCCCGACCGAUGACCUGCGCCAUCUGCCUGCCACCCAGGACACCGUCCGAGAUCCAGGUGUCUUCAUCGAAUGGGCGGGUGAGGAUCGCCGGCUUGUCGCAUAUCCGUGUUCCGACAACAAAAUGUUCAAUCUCUGUGCGUUCCUCCCAACCGCAGAAGCUGGGGGUACUGCCGAGGGCUGGCAAGCUAUCGGAAGCAAGGAGGCUCUAGUCGCUGGAUUUUCCGAGUUUAGCCCGGAUGUAAAAGAACUUGUUGAUGGGGCGGACGAGAAUCUGAAAGUGUGGGAAUUGUUCGACAUGAAGACCCUCCCCUCGUGGGUGAGGAGAUAUUCCGCGUUGCUGGGUGAUGCAGCACAUCCAUUCCAGCCUUACAUGGGCCAAGGAGGCGCCAUGGCCAUCGAAGACGCCGUAUCUUUGGCAGUGCUACUCCCCGCCGGAACGCGCGUCGAAAACAUCCCGCAACGGCUAGCAUUGUACGAACAGGCGCGACGAUCACGCGUGGAAAUGGUUUUGGAAUACACGCGCAUCAACGGAGUCGAUGAGAAUGACACGACUGCGAAAAGAAUCAGUGCUGCGGAAAUGGUCAAUUUCAUGGGUAUCUGCUUUUCGCAUAAUGAGAUUGAGAACUCGAAGGCGCUGCUUGAGAGUUCUAGGUGGCAGUCAUAGCGUGAGCUCUCUAUGUUUAUGUCCUCAAGAGGGUGUGUAUUGCAGCUAGCAGCAGCAUGUUUAUCCGUGUAUCUGCGACAACAUGGGUCAACACCAGCGGACCAUGGACAUAUACACAUUAGCGUCGACCCUUCUCCCUAUCAUUUCACAUAGUUAGCGAUUAGAUAUAUUGUAGCCUCUGAGUUGU